CAAGUUCCAAGCGCACUUCCAAGUCCAGGUUCGUUGCAAGCUUAUUUGUUCACUCACUCACACGCUCUCUCUCUCAUACCUCGCCGGAGACUCGAGGUCAAUGGAAUCGAAGUUUCCAUUUUUACAUAUAGCUGGUUCUCCGCUGCCAAAGCCGGAGAUUCAACGGUCACUUUUCUGUUCCCGCCAAAAUGCCCUUGGAGUCUCACCAACCACCGUCGCACCAACACUCGUAAGUUCAUCAUCAUCGUUUUCAUUAGCUAAUAAUGGCAAUAACAAUAGUAGCCGAACAUUUCUGUCUCCGCAAUUGUAUCCAAAAGACCCAAGUUCGCUCCGAUCUGUAGCUGUCAGAUCCAAUUUGAGUUUUCCUCUUAUUUCUCCCAACGAUCGAUGGGGCACCUGGACCGCUCUCUGCGCAACCGGCGCUUUUGGUAUCUGGUCGGAGAAGACCAAGAUUGGAAGCGCGUUGAGCGGUGCGCUAGUGAGCACCUUAGUUGGACUUGCAGCUAGCAAUUUGAGGAUCAUUUCGUGUGAAUCUCCGGCUUACUCUAUUGUUUUGGAGUUUCUGCUCCCUUUGGCAGUUCCAUUGUUGCUGUUCAGAGCGGACAUGCGUCGUGUGAUUCAGUCCACUGGGACACUUCUCUCGGCUUUCUUGCUAGGAUCAGUUGCUACAACAGUUGGGACAUUGUUGGCAUAUUGGAUUGUGCCAAUGCGAUCACUUGGUGAGGAUAGUUGGAAAAUAGCAGCUGCUCUCAUGGGAAGACACAUUGGCGGAGCUGUCAAUUAUGUUGCCAUUGCGAAUGCUCUUGAAAUGUCUUCAUCAGUUUUAGCUUCUGGACUAGCUGCAGAUAAUGUUAUUUGUGCAAUGUAUUUUACAACAUUGUUUGCGUUGGCAUCUAAAAUACCGCCUGAGUCUUCAACAGAAACUAAUGCAGAUGCUCAGAUGGAGAGUGGGUCUGAACCUAGCAACAACCUUCCUGUUCUACAGCUCGGUACUGCCCUUGCAGUGUCCUUUGCCAUCUGCAAGGCUGGUUCUUACGUGACAAAGUUUUUUCAGAUUCAAGGAGGUAUCCUGCCAGCUGUAACAGCCAUUGUUGUUGUCUUAGCAACUGCAUUUCCAACCCCUUUUAAUUACCUUGCACCAUCUGGAGAGGCUAUAGCUUUGAUUCUGAUGCAGGUAUUUUUCACUGUGGUGGGUGCAAGUGGAAACAUAUGGCAUGUGAUUAAAACAGCGCCCAGCAUUUUCCUGUUUGCUCUUGUACAGAUUACCAUCCAUCUGGUGGUGAUCCUUGGAUUGGGAAAGCUAUUUCGCUUUGACCUAAGGCUAUUGCUUUUGGCAUCAAAUGCUAAUGUCGGAGGCCCUACAACCGCAUGUGGAAUGGCCACGGCCAAAGGGUGGAGAUCCUUGGUUGUUCCUGGUAUUCUUGCUGGCAUUUUUGGAAUCGCCAUUGCAACUUUUCUUGGAAUUGAUUUUGGAAGGAGGUUUCUGAAAUUCAUGUAAAUUUUUUAAAUUUCUGAAGUUCGCUAAUGCUGUACUCUCUAUUUGCACCUUUCUUCUUUUUUUUUUUUUCUGCUUCCACAAAUUAGUCAUAUAUAGCUAAUAAGGUGAAGAUCACUCAUUUUCCUUA